CUCCUGGUACGAACCACCCUACUCCCGUGACUACACCCUAUUUGCGGAAGAACAAAUUGAAGCAAACUAGGUGGCAAUUCGAGAAAGAGCAAAACUUCUCGAAUCAGUCCGGAAGGAAAAGGAGUUCCAACAGAGAUUAUGCGAAGGAUCAGAAAUGAUGCAAAAAAUGCUGGACAACUUUCAAAGAGAGAGACUAGAAGCUGAGGCUAAAGCUGACAAGUUAGUCAAUGAUCUCUCCAAGGCUGUUGAACUUAAACGCUCCCUCCAAUCUCAAGAUCAAAUGAGGGAGAUUAAUGUUCAAAAAGAGGCUCUAGAACCUAAGACCAACCCUGAACCAUCCAACCAUCAGGUUCCAGUUCUAGAAGAUUCACCCAGACCAGCACUACCACAGAAACCCGAGAGCAUAACAACUCUCGCUAGGGCUACUCUGGCGAUGUUACCUGAAUACUCUCCUAGCCAAGUCCCAACCAGCAUAGUCGUACAUGAGGUGGAACCAAUUGAGGGACCUGACUCAGAACGACCUACGCUCGUUCAAGAAAAGGAGGAGGAAGUUUUGCCUUUAGCAAUAAACGACCAUCUCCUUAAUUGUGUUGAAGACACACCUCCAGAGGAACCUGUUCUGGAGGAGAUAGAGCCCACUACAAGCCCCCAAGAUUCCAAUGUCCACGAGUUUAAGGAGGAACCUUUAGAUGAAGAAAAGCCAACUCCGUCUAUAGAAACCUACGCAACCAAUGAUUCGUCUGAUGAUUCAGACCAUACUUUCUUUGACUCCCUACUUGACGGGUAUGACUGUGUCUGCCCGAAGGAUGGUUUGAGCUUAAAGAGUUGGGAUGAACUUCUGGAGAGUGACGACGAGGACUCUUCCUUGGGGGAGGGUACAAUCAUAAUCAUCAAACCACAAAUGGAUAGUCAGCCAAUUGAAGACAAGGAAGAAAUCAAUCUUGCUAUGAAGGCCAAUGAUGUGGAACAACUGAGGAGACUUCCGCCACCACCCACCUAUCUAGAGUCUCCUCCUUUUAUCCUGUUGCCACCAAGCCGCAGGGACGAGUCAAGGAUCCUGGACCUUGACCGAGCGAAAAUUCAAACAGGGUGGCAUCAGAAUAGAGUCAAAAGGGCCAAACUUUAUGACUCUCGGAUUGGAAAGUCACGGAAAAAUUGGGGGCAAGGUUUUACUCGUUGCUUGUUUUUCUAUUUUACAGAUGGAUGUUGCUUAGAUGAUUCCGCAUGGAAACCGCCGCACAUUACUGAUCCUGGAAGAGCUCCCCUUGCACUCAGAGGAAGCAAAGAAGAAGUUUCUCACUUGGGGAAACACGAAGAUGCUCCAGCCUUCCAUGCAAGCCUGGAAGUCACCAUCGAGUUUCUUUGCUCUCUCCGCUUCCUCAAUGACGGAGAGGAAGUAAAGUCAACAGCUGAAGUCACCUCCACCACCAAGCUCACAUUCACUCUGAUGGGACGACUUCUGAGCCUUACUGUGGCAGACUUGGGGUGGCUGAUUGGUCUUUACACACUUGAUGAAACGCGGAGCUUGACCUUCGCUAAUCUGCCUGAUCAGUUGGAUCCAGAGUUCGAUGAGGACAAGGAGGCACGCCCCAGAGAGCAGCAUACAAUUCCCAUGACCCUUCGCAAGCUUUCACAGGCUAUGUUUGCAUUCCAGGAUUCUGUAGACUCUCGCUUAAGGAGCAUGGAGACGCUCCUUCUCACGCAACAAUGGCAGGUGGAGGAAAUACUUGAAUACACCCGGGAACAAGGAACAAAGAAGGCUGAGCAUGGGGCAGGUCCUAAACAAGGCAAACGUCAGGGAUAGUGAGAUCCCUAAUUUCUUAAUACUACAUUCAGAACAUCAUUUUUGGAUAUUUAUAUGAUUUUAGGAAAAUUAUAUGAUCUUAUUUUGGAAUUUCACAUUAUGACUCUUAAACCCAUUUUGAGAAAAUUUUAUGCAUGAUUUCAUAUUUACAUGUUAUGGUUAUCUA